ACAUGAUUAUAGUUUCAUUUCUCAGGAAAUGAUACCUUACAAAAGACUGCACUUCAGUAGCCUAUAAAACUCAGCCCAGUUCGGUGCUCAUCAGAAGAGAAAAACAUGGGUAUUUUAACAGCAAUUGCCAUUGGAGCAGCAGGAGCAACAGGUGCGGUGGUCGCAGCUCCUCUUGUUCUGGCCGGUGUAGGUUUCACCUCGGCUGGAAUAGCAGCAGGCUCCUACGCUGCCGGCAUGAUGUCUGCUGCUGCAGUCGCAAACGGAGGAGCGGUGGCGGCGGGAAGCACCGUGGCUGUUCUGCAGGCAGCAGGAGCAGCUGGUCUGUCAGGAGCUGCCACUGCAGCUGUAGCCGGCGCUGGAGGAACAAUCGGGGGGCUGAUUGCACUCAUCGUCUGAAAAUCAUGAAGGAACAAGAUGCGUUUACAAUAUUUUCACCAUUGCAAGAGGCAAUUACAAAUUAUUAUAUGCACUUACUAAACAGCACUUUUGACAUAUCAGACAGCUGAAAUGUUUUGUGCAAUAAAUCUUCAAAACAUUGACAGAUA